AUGGCCACAGACAGCUAUGACUACAUCAUCAUUGGCGGUGGCACCGCUGGCUCGGUCAUUGCGUCGCGGCUCAAAGAAAGCAACCCAUCCCUCGAUAUUUUGAUUAUUGAGGCUGGCCCCGACGUCAGAAGUCGUGCUGAUGUGCUAGACGGCACACAGUGGGCUGCUCUAUUGCGGGGUGAACUUGACUGGGGUGAUCUGACAGUGCCACAAUCCCAUGUGGAUGGUCGUGUUCUUCCAAAUUUUUCUGGGAAGGCUCUCGGUGGGAGCUCAGCAAUCAAUGCUGGUGGCUGGACGCGCGGAGAAAAAGAAAACUACGAUCUAUGGGCACAGCUUGUCAAUGAUCCAAGAUGGAGCUAUGAUGGAUUACUGCCUUAUUUCCGAAAGUGUGAGACAUAUUGGGACCCUAAAGGAGAUCCUGCAGUUCAUGGAUUUGAUGGACCCAUUAGAAUGGAGCCGGCUGUUGAUCGGCAGUAUCCGUUACGUGAGAAGGUCAAGGACGCCUGGGCCGCAGUAGGGGUGCCAUACAAACGAGAUAUGAAUGAUGGCAAACCCAUAGGACUAGGCGAAUUGAUCGAGAACCGGGUAAAUGGCGUGCGCCACAUUGCAUCUUCAGCUUAUGGACUGAAAGAUGUUGAGAUUUUGACAGAGACCUUGGUGAAAAGGGUGAUUGUUGAAGAAAAAUUUUUUCUCAAGGUGGCCACUGCUGUAGAGCUGGCAGGCAAUCAAGGCGAUGCCACUCGUAGAAUCAUCACGGCGCGUCGAGAAAUCAUUGUAUCAGCUGGAAGCUAUCGUUCCCCCCAAAUCCUAAUGCUUUCUGGUCUAGGCCCUCAGAAAGAUUUGCAAGAACAUGGAAUCGAAACUGUACUUGAUUUACCUGAUGUUGGACGUCAUUUCCAGGACCAUUGCUGCGUCAACCAAUGGUGGAAGAUCAGAGGGCCUGAGAAAGGGCUUUCUGUUGGAUCCUCUGCUUUCAAUAACCCAGUUUAUUUCAAGGGACUCCCUUUGGACUUUAUAGCCACUCAAUCGGCACCAGAGGAGGGUCUUUUGAAAGCAUUGUCUGCCGACAACAAUACUACCCCAGAACUUCAUGCAGUAGCAUCACAGCACGGUCAUAUUGAGAUCUACGUCAUGUAUCUGGCGUUCAAUGAGGGAGACCCAUUGCUUAUUCCAGAUGGCACUCAUAUUACAACAUCCACUAUGUGCAUGCUACCUACCUCUAGAGGGUCUAUUCGAUUGAGAGACGCAAAUCCAGAGAGUCUACCCUUGAUAGACCCCAACUACUUGGCGACAGAAACAGAUCGGUAUGUGCUUCGAGAGGGUCUUCGGAAGAUCCAUGAAGUUCUUCGUAGGACGGGGGUUGGCCGAGGGCUUAUUGUCUCUGAAGCGGUUGAGGAGGGUGGCCGAGAGGUCUCUUCCGACUCCACUGACGAAGAGCUCAAUGAAUUGAUCCGUCGACGUUUAGGAACGAUGUUUCAUCCUGCAGGGAGCGUAUCCAUGGGUCAAGUCGUGGAUAGUGAGCUGCGCGUCAAAGGCGUAGAUAGACUUCGCGUCGUUGAUGCUAGUGUUAUACCAGUACCUAUCGCCGGCCACAUUCAAUACUGCGUCUAUGCACUAGCAGAACAGGCUGCAGAUAUGAUUCUAGCGUCUUCAGAGGCCUAA